ACUUCAUGCCGGUUUGACAGAGACUGUUGCGACAAUGUUGAAAAAAUAGCCAGAAAAAGUUUCAUCAGCACAUUGUGUUCCAAAUAAUUUGGUGCAUUUCAUAAUAUUUUAAGAAAUUAAUAGCAAUAUACGAGACAAACCUGCGACCCUUUGGUUACCUGAUUUAAAGGCAAUAAAGACGAAAAAACGAAGAAGAUGUAUGAAAUAAAGCCGACAUUCGAUCGAUCAACGAUCCAAGUUGAUUUACCAACUUGCAUGUAUAAAAUGAAGAAUACUAACGAUUUCAACCUGAAAGACUCACAAUCAUCAAAUGUUCAGCUAACGAAUGGAUUGAAUGGUGCUGUAAGUCAACUCAGUACUAAAUCUCUGCCGGACAUUAAACAACAGAUUGAGAAAUUCCUCAAGACUUCAAAUGGCAACGAUUUAACUGCCUUGCAAUUGCGUCAAGGAGAAAUUAUAAAGCAAUUGGAAAAACUGCGGCUGAAGCUGAACGAUAUGCAAGGCAAAUUGGGUGUUACUGCCGAACCAGUUGCUGUGCCAAAAAUGCAAAAAGUGCAAAAGAAGGUCGCACCCGUAAUCAAACCAAUCGAUGAAAAAUACUUGCAAGAUAUUGUUGUUCAUGUGAAUCCAGCCAAUGUUCCAUAUUCAUUAUUGGGAUUGCAAACAUUGUGGACGAAUCGAUUGAAUUUAGUAAUUGAAUGCUAUACGCAUUCGAGUAUUGCAGAAUUACCAGUUGAAAAUCAAGCGUUUGUUAAACGAGUCGGUUCAUUCAAAGCAAAUGCAACAGCACCAACUCUAAAUUUAUCAUUAAUUUGGAAAGAUACGCCAACUACGAAUUUGGUUUGUGCACCGGGUACAUUUAUUCCAAUUUCGGGCGAAGCGAACAUUUUACGAUAUUUACUACGAAUCGGACCAUCAGAAUUUGGUUAUCUUGGUGCCGGUUCGAUUCAAGCACAAAUGGAAAUUGACGCUCUUUUCGAUUUGAUACAUGAAUUAGUAUUGGCAUCAGCGAAAAAAGAUCAUCGAUCAUCGAUUUUAAAACGCUUAUCACAACGGCUUAACACACAAACAGCAUUCGGCGGUGAUUCAACCAAUGUUAGUGACUAUGCCGUAUUUAGUACAUUGAAACAAUUGAAUUUAACUGCCAAGGAGCUGCCAGCCAAUGUUAAAACUUGGUACGAACGUAACAAAACUCUUAUUCAAGUUUAAAUAUCAGGGUCACGCGUUUGCUCUCUCCCUUCAUUUUAAUCAAAUCAAAAAUGCAAGUUCAAAUACAUGUCGUCAGCAACAAUUUCAUUUACAAGAAGAAGAAAAGAAUGUGAUUUUGAAUAACAUUUGUCAAUGAAAAUAAAAUCGGUUUGAAAGCAUAGAAAGAAGA